AUGUUUUCUUUUUUCUGUCUUUUUUCUCCUUUUCUUUUUUUUUUUUUUUUUUCUCCUUUUCUUUUUUUUUCUCCUUUUCUUCUUUUCUUUCUUUUUCUCCUUUUCUUCUUUUCUUUCUUUUUCUCCUUUUCUUCUUUUCUUUCUUUUUCUCCUUUUCUUCUUUUCUUUCUUUUUCUCCUUUUCUUUCUUUUUCUCCUUUUCUUUCUUUUUCUCCUUUUCUUUUCUUUUUUCUCCUUUUUCUUUUCUCUUCUUUUUCUUCUUUUUCUUUCUUUUUUCUUUCUUUUUUUCUCCUUUUCUUUCUUUUCUUUCUUUUCUUUCUUUUCUUCUUUUCUUUCUUUUUCUUUCUUUCUUUCUUUUUCUCCUUUUCUUUCUUUCUUUCUUUCUUUCUUUUUCUCCUUUUCUUUCUUUCUUUCUUUCUUUCUUUCUUUUUCUCCUUUUCUUUCUUUCUUUCUUUCUUUUUCUCCUUUUCUUUCUUUCUUUCUUUUCUUUUCUCCUUUUCUUCUUUUCUUUUUUCUUUCUUUCUUUUUUCUCCUUUUCUUUUCUUUCUUUCUUUUUUUCUUUUCUUUUUUCUUUCUUUUUUUCUUUCUUUUUUCUUUUUUCUUUUCUUUCUUUCUUUUCUUUUUCCUUUUCUUUCUUUUUUUUCUCAAUCUUUUUUCCUUUUUCUCGUAUUUUUCUUUAUUAAUGAAAAAUAUUAAUUUUCUUCUACAGACCAAACAAGCUCGAACUGUUGUUCACCUUCAAUACCAAAAUUGGCCUGUCAGUGGCUUUCCAGAGAAAAUUCCUUAUCUCCUUCAGUUCAUAGCAGAAGUCCAUGCUUUUUACCGACAACAAAGAAGUCUGACAAAACCAGUGAUUGUCCAUUGCAGCAAUGGUGUGGGGCGAAGUGGCACCUUCAUCUCCAUCUAUGCAGGCGUUCAGGAAGUAAACUGUGCCAAUGGCAUGCUUGAUGUUCAAAGUCUUGCUCAGAAAAUGAUGUGCAAACGCAGAUAUAUCAUCCGAGAUAAGGAACAACUCAAGUUCUGCUAUGAUGCCAUCUUGUAUCAUGCCGAAGACCUUCUUAUGAAACGUGGUAUCCUCACCAACAAAGCUUCGUUUGGAGACAAACUACCCAACCGGGGUGGUAAGACUCACCAGAGAAAACCCUCUGAAGACCUGAUCCUCUCAACAGUUCAAAGCCAACUCUCUAAGGAUUCCAAAGGCAACACAAAUACAAACAACGAAGCAAAUGACACAAUACCCAAGGUAGAUAACUUAAACAACACAGAUGGAAACUCCGCCCCACCUGAUGUAAGCCUUGUAAACUCAUCACUCCCAGACUUAGUACAGCAACAGUGUCAUAUCAGCCACUCCGACACAGAAACUGGUACUGACUUUGAUGUACAUAGUGAAGGUCCAACCCAGACUCGUAGCCGGUCGGGUUCUGGUUCUUCGGCCAAGAGCCUUGGCACUUCUGGGGGCGGUAGUGGCACUGGAUCUGUGAGUAGCUCACCCCAGCACACUGGUGGGAACAGGGUCCAAUCCCAAACAAAGAAUGUGCCUCUCUCUUUGGCACAGCUGCAGAAUCCCAGCACAUUUACCUUGGAACCAACAACUGGGCGAAAGAAAAUUACUAAAUCGAGUUUUACCAAUAAGACUAGUUCCAUCACGGACAGUAUGAAUGACCCAGGAGACCCACUUAGCUCUCUCGAUCCACUGUGGUCGAUCAACAAAAAGGAAGACUCUUAA